AUGGAGAGCGACACUACGAUCAGGAGAAUACGAGCUUCCGGACCCCAAAGUAAUGUACCGCAAGGGAACAUCGACUCCCGGAGCAAUUGUGUGAUUAACCACUAUUGUAGUGACCCGAAAAAGAAGCCCGAAGUGAGUCUAUACUUGCUCCGAGAGGGGGUCGCGGCUUCCUCGGUGCUCGUAUUUAUUUUGGUGCUAUGGGGACUCGUGCAUUUGUCGCUGCAGCAGCUCGUCAUUGGAAAGUCGACUGGCGAAUUCAACGCAGUGAGGGCCAGGCGGCACUUGGAGCACAUCACCAGUGUGGGCCCGAGGCCAGUGGGCAGCCAGGAAAAUGAAGUGUUGACAGUGGGCUACCUGCUGGAGCAGAUUAAGCACAUUCAAAGUGAGAGUACUUCAGGCCCCCACCGGGUUACAGUUGAUGUGCAACGUCCAACAGGCACCUUCUCCAUUGACUUUCUUGGGGGUUUCACCAGCUUCUAUGACCGUGUCACCAACAUUGCUGUCAGGCUAGAGCCUAAGGCUGGGGCACAGCAUCUGAUGCUGGCCAAUUGCCACUUUGACACUGUGGCCAACAGUCCAGGUGCCAGUGAUGAUGCCGUUAGCUGUGCUGUGAUGCUUGAAGUGCUCCAUUCUCUAGCCAACAUGUCUACUCCCCUGCAUCACGGAGUAGUCUUCCUCUUUAACGGGGCGGAGGAGAAUGUAUUACAGGCUAGUCAUGGAUUCAUUACCCAACAUCCCUGGGCCAAACAAGUGCGAGCCUUCAUCAACCUAGAGGCUGCUGGUGUUGGGGGCAAGGAGGUCGUCUUUCAAACAGGUCCAGAGAACCCUUGGUUGGUCCAGGCCUAUGUCAAUGCAGCCAAACACCCCUUUGCCUCUGUGGUGGGUCAGGAGGUCUUCCAGAGUGGCAUCAUCCCAUCUGAUACUGACUUUCGCAUCUACAGGGACUUUGGAAAUAUUCCAGGCAUUGACCUGGCGUUCAUUGAAAACGGUUUCAUCUACCAUACCAAGUACGACACAGCUGACAGGAUCCUGACAGAUUCCAUACAGAGAGCUGGUGACAACAUCUUGGCUGUGCUGAAGUACCUGAUGAUGUCAGAGAAGCUUGCUGAUCCCUCAGAAUAUCGUCAUGGCAACAUGGUGUUUUUUGACCUGUUAGGAGUGGUUGUAGUGGCUUAUCCAUCCCGCGUGGGCACCAUCCUUAACUAUAUGGUGGCUACAGCCACUUUCCUCUACCUGGCUAAGAAGUCAUCAUUGCCUGGCAAUGGUGGUGGACGCUAUGUGCGUGAGUUAGCCUAUGCUACAGGGGUGGCAUUAAUGAGCUGGUUUGUCACGCUGCUCUCAGUGCUGAUUGUAGCCUUGUUGGUCACCCUGCUGGGUCGCUCAAUGUUCUGGUACAACCACUUCUACUCUUCCAUCUGCCUAUAUGGAGCUGCUGCCACUGGAAAGAUGGUCCUUAUCCACACAUUGGCCAAGAACCUAUACUAUGGGGGUGUCCGUCUGGUGGAGCUGGGUGAACUCUACUUUGAUGUGAGCUUGUUGCUCUGGUGCUGCAGCCUAGUGUGGCUGACCCAGCAAGGCCUGUGCUCAGCCUAUGUGCCCAUGCUAAUGGUGGCUUUCCCCCUCACCACCAAACUCUUGCUGGCCAAGGAAUUCAAACAUAGAGGAGCAUCAGUAAAGUACAGUGUGCUUUACCUAUUUGGCCUGGCAUUGCCCUAUGUCCACUUUAUGUUUCUUAUCUGGGUGGUGUUUGAGAUUUUUACACCCAUUCUGGGCCGGAGCGGCACGGAGAUACCCCCUGAAGUGGUGCUGGCUUCCCUGGUCACCCUAGCAACUAUCUUCCUCUCCUCCUUUUUUCUUCAUUUCAUUUACUUGGUACAGAGUACCAAAUGGAUCCUGGCGGGCCUGGGCUCAGUCUUCACAAUCAUGUUUCUUUUGGUGUCUUGUGGACUCAUGUUUCCUUACUCAGGCAGUCCAGACAACCCACGCCCAAAACGUGUCUUUCUGCAGCACACCAUGCGGACCUUCCACAAUAUCCACGGCCAGGUGGAGAACCGUGACUCAGGUCUCUGGAUCAACAGCUUCGACUACACCGGCAUGCAGUAUAUCACUCCUUAUAUACCCGAGAUCAAUGACACCGUCCGCACCCGCUGUCGUGAAGACCGACCCUUCUGCGGUUACCCUUGGUUCCUGCCAGUCAAGUUCCUCAGCAAGAAGAACUGGUACCUUCCUGCUCCAGAAGUGUCUCCAAGCUCACCAGUGGAGUUUAGUCUGCUGUCAAAAGAGGAGACGAGCUGGGGAACGAUCAAGAUGACCUUCCAAGUCAAAGGUCCCAGUCACAUGUCAUUGUAUCUGAUGCCUCAUCGAGGGGCCAGCCUCUCCACAUGGUCCUUUGGAGAUGGGACACCUCAGUUUGACCUGAGUGGAGAGUAUUUUAUCUUCUACUCUCAUGGACUUGAUGCUCCCAAAUGGACAUUCUGGUUCGAAAUACAGCCUCCAAGAGACCCAGAUCCAUCAGGUCCCGAGGGGAUGAUCUCAGUAGCCAUAUCCUCUCACUACUUCUUUGGAGAAGACCAGAGGACUGCUCAGCUUGAAGAUAUUCUCCACAGGUUUCCUACUUGGGUUUUUCCUUCCUCUUGGGUCAGUACCUACAACAUGUAUCGAUACUGA